AUGGCGACAGUUGGUAAAAUAGAAGAAUUUGUAGAGGCAAGGGAAUCGUUCACAUGUUAUGUGGAGCGUUUGGGACAGUAUUUCGAAGCAAACGAAAUUCUGGAUGGGAAGAAAGUUCCGAUAUUUCUAACCGUCGUGGGUCCUGAAGUAUACGGGUUGUUGAAGCACCUGUUGUCCCCAGAAUUGCCAGGUACAAAAACGUACCGUCAGUUGAUAGACGUAUUGACGAACUAUUUUACUCCAGCACCACUGGUAAUUGCCGAAAGUGUCAAAUUUCACCGCAGAAAUCAGCGAGAAGGCGAAACUGUUCCUAGCUUUUUGAUGGAACUGAAAAAGUUGGACUUGACCAGUGCGUAUCAACAAGUAGAAUUGGAUGAAAAGUCAAAAGGAUUGUUGACUAUAAAUACUCAUCGUGGUUUGUAUUGUUUCAACAGGUUGGCAUUUGGUGUGUCGUCUGCACCAGCUAUCUUUCAGUCUGUGUUAGAGCAGAUACUUCAAGGGUUGGACCAUGUGAAAUGUCGACUGGAUGACAUUUUGCUGUCUACGGCAACACAGUUGGAACAUAGAGAACUCUUGAGUAAGGUGUUGGAGCGGUUGGAACAACACGGAGUUCGCUUAAAGCGGUCGAAGUGUGUGUUCAUGAAGCCAAGUGUUACAUACUUAGGGCAUGUGGUGGAUCAUGAGGGAAUUCAUCCACUUGCAGACAAAGUGUCAGCAAUUGAAAAUGCACCUGCUCCAACCAACGUAACAGAGUUGAAAUCCUUUUUGGGCUUGAUUAAUUACUAUGGGAAGUUUGUGACCGACCUUUCAACGACGCUUCAGCCAAUGCAUGAAUUGUUGAAAAAAAACGUACCGUGGAAAUGGUCUAAAGCAUGUGAAGAAGCAUUCCGAGAAUGUAAAAAGAAACUGAUACAAAGUCAGUUGUUGGUACAUUACGACUCAAACAAGGAGAUAAAACUGGCUUGUGACGCAUCAUCUUACGGACUAGGAGCCGUAAUCUCGCACGUAGAUGAAGACGGUCAAGAAAGACCGAUUGGGUUUGCAUCGAGAACUUUGAGUAGUAGUGAAAAGAAUUAUUCACAGUUGGAGAAAGAAGCGCUUUCAAUAAUCUUUGGAGUGAAAAAAUUCCAUCAGUACUUAUAUGGGAAACCAUUCACUCUAGAGACAGAUCAUAAACCUCUGACAACAAUACUGGGUCCGCAUUCAGCAGUCCCGACACUAGCAGCAGCCCGACUGCAGCGCUGGGCAUUACUAUUGUCAGCAUACCAAUACAAAAUCGUUUAUAGGAAGUCGGUAGAUCACGGCAAUGCAGAUGCACUUUCUCGAUGUCCAGUGAGUACUUCGGAGGAAGGGGAGGCAGACAUCUUUUACUUUACCUACUUGGGUGAGUUACCGAUAACCGCACAGGAUAUCAGUGAGGCAACCAGGAAAGAUCCAAUACUAUCACGAGUUUGGACAUAUACCAUGAAUGGUUGGCCAGCAUUCAUUUCGGAUAAAGGUUUACAGCCGUAUUUCAUUAGAAAAAAUGAACUGUCGAAUGAACAAGGUUGUGUAUUGUGGGGAAUGAGAGUGAUUAUUCCGCCAAAAUAUCGUGAGCGACUUUUGGAUGACCUCCAUGAAAUGCAUCCAGGCAUGUGUCGAAUGAAAAUGUUAGCAAGAAGCUAUCUCUGGUGGCCUGGACUGGAUCAGAACAUUGAAUCAAAAGUGAGAGGUUGCACAGUAUGUUUAUCAGUGCGAAAAAUGCCUCCAUUGGCACCUUUGCGACCAUGGAAUUGGCCAAAACGCGUCUGGCAGAGAGUGCAUAUAGACUAUGCAGAAUACAAAAAACAGAACUAUCUGAUAGUGAUAGACAGUCACUCGAAAUGGUUGGAAGUAUUCCAAAUGACAACAACGACCUCGACAAAAACGAUUGAAACUUUACGAACAUUGUUUGCAUCCUAUGGCAUACCUGAAGAUCUGGUAUCGGAUAAUGGUCCUCAGUUUACAAGUGUAGAAUUUAAUGACUUUAUGCAGAAAAAUGGCAUACGUCACAUUCGUACACCACCAUAUUACCCAGCUUCGAAUGGAGCAGCGCAACGUUCGGUUCAGAUUGUGAAACAAGCGCUUGUCAAACAAGUGUUACAAGCAGCAAAUCGAGAUUACAGAAUUAGUCUACAGCAUCGACUGGAUAAUUUCUUGUUGAUGUAUCGAUCGACACCACAUAGUGUGACAGGUCGACCACCAGCAGAACUGUUUCUCAAGAGACAGCUUCGCACUCGUUUCAGUUUGAUUAAACCAGAUACUGAAAAGAUUGUUCAUGCUAAACAAGAAUUACAAGUGAAACACCAUGAUGAAAGCCAUGUGAAACUUCGUGAAUUCCAGGAGGACAAUUUGUGCGAGUGA